AUGAAGCUCCCUUCAAUGGCCAUUCUCUUGCUUUUCGCUCUCUUCGCCGUCUCAUCCGCCGUCGACAUGUCCAUCAUCGGCUACGACGCCACUCACAUGACCACCGCCGAUCAAUCGUCUUCAAGCUGGCGCACUGACGACGAAGUCAACGCUAUGUACGAGUCAUGGCUCGUUAAAAAUGGUAAGUUUUACAACGCCCUUGGGGAGAAGGAGAAGAGGUUUCAGAUCUUCAAGGAUAACCUCAGGUACAUCGAUGACCAUAACUCCGGCGAUCAGACCUAUAAGCUUGGACUCAACAAGUUUGCAGAUCUGUCCAAUGAAGAGUACCGCUCAACCUACACCGGUGCCAAGAGGAUCGAUGCUAAACGGAAGUUGAACAACGUGAAGAGUGAUCGCUACUCUCCCCGUUCCGACGAUGUCCUGCCGGAUUUCGUUGACUGGAGGAGCAGUGGUGCGGUCGCCGCCGUCAAGGAUCAAGGAAGCUGCGGGAGUUGCUGGGCAUUCUCAACGAUUGGAUCAGUAGAAGCAAUAAACCAGAUCGUGACAGGUGAAUUGAUCACAUUAUCCGAACAAGAGCUCGUGGAUUGUGAUACAUCUUAUAACGAAGGAUGUAACGGGGGUUAUAUGGAUUACGCUUUUGAGUUCAUCGUCAAGAAUGGCGGUAUCGACACAGAUACCGACUAUCCCUACACGGGCAAGGAUGGGAAAUGCGACAGUUCCAGGAAAAACGCGAAAGUUGUCUCUAUUGAUAGUUAUGAAGAUGUUCCUAUAAAUGACGAGUCAGCAUUACAGAAGGCUGCUGCAAAUCAACCUAUAACUGUUGCUAUUGAAGCCGGUGGCAGAGAUUUCCAGUUCUACACUUCGGGUAUCUUCAGUGGUAGUUGUGGAACAGAUUUGGACCAUGGUGUAGUUGUGGUUGGGUAUGGGACCGAAGGUGGCAAGGAUUACUGGAUCGUGAGGAACUCUUGGGGUGCAGAAUGGGGGGAAAAAGGUUACCUAAGAAUGGAACGCAAUAUCAAACAGAAUGUAGGCAAAUGUGGAAUUGCAAUGGAACCAUCUUAUCCAAUCAAGAAUGGUCAGAACCCACCGAACCCUGGUCCAUCACCUCCGACUCCGGUCGCACCUGAAACGGUUUGCGAUCAGUACUACACUUGCCCUCAGAGUACCACCUGUUGUUGUAUCUAUACCUACCGUGGCACUUGCUUUGCCUGGGGUUGCUGUCCCUUGGAGGGUGCUUCCUGCUGUGACGAUCAUUACAGUUGCUGCCCCCAUGAUUAUCCCGUCUGCAACGUGCGUCGUGGCACAUGCUCACAGAGCAAGCAUAGCCAGUUGGAAAUCGAGGCAUUGAAGCGCAUUCUUGCCACACCAACUAACGUGAAGAGGAACGUUGAUUGAGAAGGCAUUGUGGUCGUAUAACAAGAUAAAAGAACACAACCAUCGAUGUUGUUAUACGCUUGACGACAACUGCUUACCUCAUUUGUAUUAUCGUAAUUUAAACUGAUACAAUUGAUUGUUAUCCGAUGGGACCUGUUGCCUAUCGGUUGCCAAUUUGUACAUACUGCAUUGAUUCUUGUACUGAGUUUGAGCACGAGAUAUGUUCAUGUCUCUCUUUUAUUUCAUAUUUGUCUUAAUAAACCUUCUGAAAUUAAACAACUUAUCGAGGAAA